GCCUGCGCGUGGGGAUUUCACGCAUGCGCUCAGCUCUCUUGGUGUUGCUACAGCCGGGAGGCUGGAGGAGUAUGUCGGCCCCGUUCGAGGAGCGCAGUGGGGUGGUUCCUUGCGGGACGCCGUGGGGCCAGUGGUACCAGACCUUGGAGGAGGUGUUCAUUGAAGUUCAGGUGCCACCAGGCACUCGCGCCCAGGAUAUCCAGUGCGGCCUGCAGAGCCGGCAUGUGGCGCUGGCCGUGGGUGGCCGCGAGAUUCUCAAGGGUAAACUCUUUGAUUCUACAAUAGCUGAUGAGGGAACAUGGACUUUGGAGGACAGAAAAAUGGUCCGUAUUGUUCUUACAAAGACAAAGAGAGAUGCAGCAAAUUGUUGGACUUCUCUUCUAGAAUCUGAAUAUGCAGCUGAUCCUUGGGUGCAAGACCAAAUGCAGAGAAAACUGACACUGGAGAGAUUCCAGAAAGAAAAUCCUGGUUUUGACUUCAGUGGAGCAGAAAUCUCAGGAAACUACACUAAAGGUGGACCAGAUUUCUCAAAUCUUGAGAAAUAGCUACUAUUUAUUUUUCAGCAUUCUGUGGAUCCUAGCAGAUGUUGCUAACAUAAUCAAAAGAACAGAAAUAUAUUGUGGAAGAAAAAUGCAGAUGCCUUGGCUACAGUUAACAAGUUGCAAAAUGUAUUUAACAUGGUUCUAAAAAUUACAUUCAAAUAUGAUUUACAUAGAAAAACAUCUUAAUACUGUGGGAACUAUUAUUAAUACAUGGUUAACUUUUUUUGGACUUAUUUUUGCUCAGCAUGAAGUUUUAUAUGCUGCAUUUUACUAAUUUCAUAUUUAACUUGUAUUUUUAAUAUAGAAAACAUUAAGGUAUAAAUCAUGUAAAAUGCAGGGUGCCUUCAGAAUAAAUGUAUUUCGUUCAGUAAGUGUGAUGCAGGAAUGAUGUUCAAUAAACUUUUCUAAAUA